GCGGGAGGCGGGAGGCGCCGGGGCCGUUUAAGCGGCCGCCGGGUCUGGCCCCGGCCCUGUCCCGAUCCCCGGCCUGGCCCACUCAAUCUUGCCUCGCCGAGCGGUCCGCCAGGCAAGCGGGCGGCCUCCGGAGCAGCCCAAGCCGAUGAGGGCCGCGCGCCCUGCGGCCGGCGCGGACGAGACGGAGCUCCCGGCCCUCGAGGAGGAGCGGAGGAUCAAUGCGGUUCAAGAAUCGAUUCCAGCGGUUCAUGAACCACCGGGCCCCAGCCAAUGGCCGCUACAAACCAACCUGUUACGAACAUGCUGCUAACUGUUACACACAUGCAUUCCUCAUCGUUCCGGCCAUCGUGGGCAGUGCCCUCCUGCAUCGGCUGUCGGACGACCGCUGGGAAAAGAUAACCGCAUGGAUUUACGGGGUGGGCCUCUGCGCCCUCUUCAUCAUUUCCACAGUAUUUCACAUUGUGUCGUGGAAGAAGAGCCACUUAAGGACAGUGGAGCAUUGUUUUCACAUGUGUGAUAGAAUGGUUAUUUAUUUCUUCAUUGCUGCUUCUUACGCUCCAUGGUUAAAUCUCCGUGAACUUGGACCCCUGGCAUCUCAUAUGCGUUGGUUUAUCUGGCUCAUGGCAGCUGGAGGAACCAUUUAUGUAUUUCUCUACCAUGAAAAGUAUAAGGUGGUUGAGCUCUUUUUCUAUCUCACAAUGGGGUUUUCUCCAGCUUUGGUGGUGACAUCAAUGAAUAACACGGAUGGACUUCAUGAACUUGCCUGUGGGGGCUUAAUUUAUUGCCUGGGAGUUGUGUUCUUCAAGAGUGAUGGCAUCAUUCCCUUUGCCCAUGCCAUCUGGCACCUCUUUGUGGCCACGGCAGCUGCAGUGCAUUACUAUGCCAUUUGGAAAUACCUUUAUCGAAGUCCUACAGACUUUAUGCGGCAUUUAUGACCCAUCUGUACUAGGUCUCGAAACCAGUAUUAUUUCAAUUAUGGCACUUGGGAGUGGGGUAAGAGCUGAAAAUUGCACAGAGGGAAAAAAAAAAAAGACAACUGCACUGACUUUCUUUAUCUUUUGAAUAUAAUUACUGUGAAAGUACAAAAGCUGUGUUCUGGAAUGUUCCCCCUCACAGCAGAUAAAUAAGGUAGUGAAUUAAUUAUUCAUUCCAUUCCACUAUCAUGAAGGACUCCGGAUAGACUUGGCCAACCGAUGUUUACAAAACAGAAUUUUGUAUUUUAAUUUUACAGAUUUUACUACAUGAUUUUUCUAAAUUACUAGGUCAGAUUGUAAAAGUCAGUGUAACAACAAAGCUUCCUUUUUAAGAGAAAAUUGUUUCUAUCACUUUCCCGUUAACUGUGUGAAGAAUCAUGGACAGAACUUAACACUACUUUUACCAUGUUUCAUCUUGGCAUAACAUGGUUAUUUUUUAAAUAGAAAUUUUCAUUUUUUGUAAAUUUUUAAAGACGACUUCAUUGAAGCGCAUCUCUGCGGUUCCUCAUUCACGUGAAUUUUUCAGCAAGCUGUCAACAUUCCACAAACGAACAUUAUACCUCUUCUGAUAGUUUUAUUAAGCAUAGAGAAAUUGCCAAUUUUUAAAAAUUGUGGUUUUCCAAACUUUUCUGCCAACCUCUGACUCUGAACUCCAUGCUGCUUUGGGCCAUAUACUUGACCUAGUUUGGUUUACCAGUGAUGGAAAAGUAUUUUGAUAUCAUUAACUUUUUCAAAAGAUGCAACUUUUUCUCUAUGCCUUUGCCAUGUUUUCUUCAGGAUCUCUUUCAACAGUGGAUGAGUAUUCACAUCUGUAUUAUGAUGGUGUUGUUGGAGUGGUCAUCCACUGAAGACUCUGAAGAGUGUUAUGAAUUACAGUGAAUAGUGGUAUUGCCUGUUUGAUGCCCGUCGGUUAAGUCAUUGUCACUUAGCUUAAUAUUAUCAGUUUGAUACUCAUUUUCAGUUGUGGAAUUAGGUGCACAAAUUCACAUUCCUAUCCUUCCCCUGUACCUCCUGAUAGAGUUUUUUCUUUUCCAUAGAAGAAUAUUUAAAGCAUUGUUUGGCAGAUAGAAACAUGUAUCUGUAGUUCAUGGGUUGUAUCCUGGCUCAAUGGAGUGGUAUUUAAUAUAUUAUUUUUGGUUUUCCUUCAGUGUCUUAUAUUAAGAUUAACAUUAGUUAUUUUGUUUAUUAAUCUCCUGUUGGUGUUUUAAUAAAUGAAAUAACCUUGCCUUUAGAUCCUUGCUGAUACUGACUGCUAGAUUUGGGUUUGAUCAGUGGAAUAAUUGGCUUGAUGACACAUUUAGACUUAUUCAUUGAAAUUUUGUACUGUUGUGGCUUUAAAAGAGGGUUUAUUUUGGGUGUGCAUAUUUAGAACUCCCUGAUUUGGGUGAAUUACAUGGGUAUAAAGAACUGGUAUUUGCUGGUAAAUUCUUAAAUAGGCAAGGUGCCCAGUGAUCACACCCAACCAGAGCACUCCUAUCUGCAUGAUUCUGAACAUCCUGAUGCCUGUUGUUUUGUGUUUAUUCUGUUUUUAACAUAUUAACUUUUGUGGAUUCAUUUAAAGUCUGCUCAAAAGUAACACUGUCGAAACCACUAAAAUGUAUGUAAAAAAAAAUGUGCUGUAGACUAGAAUAAAAUUGUUACUUGGA